UCCAGUUCCAGGUGCAUGACCACCACUGCCAUGCCGGCCACCAACGAGGGCUGGCCCGAGGACUUUGGCUUCCGGCUAGGUGGCUCCAGCCCCUGCUUCGUCCUGGAGGUGACCGAGGGGAGCAGCGCGCAUGCCGGGGGACUGCAGCCAGGGGACCAGAUCCUGGAGGUGGAGGGACUGGCGGUGGGCGGCCUGAGCCGCGAGCGCCUCGUGCGCCUGGCACGGCGCUGCCCACGUGUGCCGCCCAGCCUGGGCGUGCUGCCGGGACCCGACGGUGGCUCGGGUCCGGGAUCGGGCCCCGCUGCCCCGACCACAGCCUUUCGGGCCCCGAGGUCCGGCCGCGGCCUAGCUCUGGGCCGCGAGUUGCUGCGCCUGGCCGGCCGCAAGCGCCCCGACGCGGUGCACCGAGAGCGCAGGCGCAAGGCCCAAGAGUUCAGCCGCCAGGUGGAUGAAAUCUUGGGGGACCAGCCGACUGCCAAGGAGCAGGUGUUCAUCUCGCUGAAGCAGUUUGCAGCUGAGCAGAGGGUGGAUGACCUGGUGUGGGCUCUCACCCUGGCACUGCCCCGGGAGGCCUGCGGGCCACUCCUGGACAACCUCAGGAUCUUCAUCCCCAAGAAGCACCGGGCGCGCUUCGACGAGGUGGUGUCGCAGGGCCUCCUGGGCAAGCUGUGCCGCGCCCGCCGGGCCCAGGGCGCUCAGCGACUGCGCCGGAGCCGCAGCGAGGAGAGGCCAGAGCGCCUCCUGGUGUCCACGCGCGCCAGCGCCCCGCCGCGCCGCCCCGACGAGCCGCCCCCGCGCAGGGCCUCCUUGCUGGUGGGCGGCCUCGCUGGCCCCGGGGGCGCGCGCAGGACUGUCCGAGUCUACAAGGGCAACAAGAGCUUCGGCUUCACACUUCGCGGCCACGGGCCUGUCUGGAUCGAGUCUGUCCUGCCUGGGAGCCCAGCUGACAAUGCUGCCCUCAAGUCAGGUGACCGGAUCCUCUUCCUCAACGGACUGGACAUGAGGAACUGCUCCCAUGACAAGGUGGUGUCCAUGCUGCAGGGCAGUGGUGCCAUGCCCACGCUGGUGGUGGAGGAAGGGCUCGUCCCGUUUGCCAGUGACUCUGAUUCUCUGGACUCGCCCAACCCGUCGUCAGCGCUUACCUCCCUGCAGUGGGUGGCGGAGAUCCUGCCAUCCAGCAUCCGGGUCCAAGGGAGGACCUUCAGCCAGCAACUGGAGCACCUGCUCACGCCUCCUGAGCGCUACGGGGUCUGCCGGGCCCUCGAGAGCUUCUUCCAGCACAGGAACAUCGACACGCUCAUCGUUGAUGUCUACCCUGUGCUGGACACCCCUUCCAAGCAGGUCCUGUGGCAGUUCAUCUACCAGCUGCUGACCUAUGAGGAGCAGGAGCUCUGUCAGGAGAAAAUUGCAUGCUUCCUGGGCUACACUGCCAUGACGGCAGAGCCAGAGCCUGAGCUGGACCUGGAGUCGGAGCCCACGCCCGAGCCCCAUCCCCGGAGCUCCCUUCGAGCCUCCUCCAUGUGCCGCCGCAGCCUCCGGUCGCAGGGCGUGGAGGCUGGCCUCAGCUGCGGUCCCAGCGAGUGUCCUGAGAUGCCUCUUUCCCUGAUCCCAGGCGAGCGCCAGGCGGGCGAUGGCACGUCCCUCCCUGAGACCCCCAACCCCAAGAUGAUGUCAGCCGUCUAUGCAGAGCUUGAGUCUCGACUGAACAGCAGCUUCAAAGGGAAGAUGGGGACCGUGUCCAAAUCCCGGGCUUCCCCUCCAGGACCCAGCUCAGCAGUCGCCGCAGGGCCCAGGACCCUGUCCGGCGUCUCAUGGCCCAGCGAACGACUCCUGCCCUCCCCUUGCUACCACCCGCUAUGUUCUGGGGGCCUGGCCUCCCCCAGCAGCUCUGAGUCCCACCCCUACGCCAGCCUGGACAGCAGCAGGGCGCCCUCCCCACAGCCAAGCCCGGGGCCCAUCUGCCCUGACAGCCCCCCAAGCCUGGAUCCUGCCCACCAGCCCAGCCGCAGGAAGCUCUUCACCUUCUCCCAGCCUGUGCGAAGCCGUGAUACCGACCGCUUCCUGGACGUGCUGAGUGAGCAGCUGGGCCCCCGGGUCACCAUUGUGGAUGAUUUCCUGACCCCUGAGAACGACUACGAGGAGAUGAGCUUCCAUGAUGACCAGGGUAGCUUUGUAACCAAUGAGCAGAGCAGCGCCAGCGACUGCGUCAGCAGCAGUGAAGAAGGCAGCUCCCUGACCUACUCCUCCAUCUCUGACCACAUCCCGCCACCCCCGCUCAGCCCCCCACCACCACCACCCCUGCCUUUCCAUGACCCCAAGCCCAGCUCCCGCAGCUCUGAUGGUUCCCGGGGCCCUGCUCAGGUGCUGGCCAAGCCCCUCACCCAACUCAGUCACCAAGUCCCUCCACCACCCCCACCACCCCUGCCCCCACCCGUGCCCUGUGCACCCCCCAUGCUGUCCCGGGGCCUGGGCCACCGGCGCAGCGAGACCAGCCACAUGAGUGUCAAGCGCUUGCGGUGGGAGCAGGUGGAGAACUCAGAAGGCACCAUCUGGGGUCAGCUUGGGGAAGACUCCGACUACGAUAAGCUGAGUGACAUGGUGAAAUACCUCGAUCUGGAGCUCCACUUCGGCACCCAGAAACCUGCUAAGCCUGUGCCGGGGCCCGAACCCUUCCGGAAGAAAGAGGUUGUGGAGAUCCUGUCCCACAAGAAGGCCUACAACACCUCCAUCCUCCUGGCGCACCUGAAGCUGAGCCCUGCGGAGCUGCGUCAGGUGCUGAUGAGCAUGGAGCCCCGGCGCCUGGAGCCCGCGCAUCUGGCGCAGCUGCUGCUCUUUGCGCCCGACGCCGACGAGGAGCAGCGCUACCAGGCCUUCCGCGAGGCGCCCGGCCGCCUCAGCGAGCCGGACCAGUUCGUCCUGCAGAUGCUGUCCGUUCCCGAAUACAAGACGCGCCUGCGCAGCCUCCACUUCCAGGCCACCCUCCAGGAGAAGACAGAGGAGAUCCGAGGCAGCCUCGAAUGCUUGCGCCAGGCCUCCCUGGAGCUCAAAAACAGCCGAAAGCUCGCCAAGAUCCUGGAGUUUGUGUUGGCCAUGGGCAACUAUCUCAACGACGGACAGCCCAAAACCAAUAAAACCACCGGCUUCAAGAUCAACUUUCUGACAGAGCUGAACUCCACCAAGACAGUGGAUGGGAAGUCCACCUUCCUGCACAUCCUUGCCAAAUCGCUGAGCCAGCACUUCCCUGAACUCCUGGGCUUUGGUCAGGACCUGCCCACCGUGCCCCUGGCUGCCAAAGUGAACCAACGGGCCCUGACCAGCGACCUGGCUGACCUCCAUGGCACUAUCAGCGAGAUACAGGACGCCUGCCAGAGCAUUUCCCCCUCCAGCGAGGACAAGUUUGCAGUGGUCAUGUCGUCCUUCCUGGAGACGGCCCAGCCAGUGCUUCGGGUGCUGGACGGGCUGCAGCGUGAGGCCAUGGAGGAGCUGGGCAAGGCGCUGGCCUUCUUCGGGGAGGAUUCCAAGGCCACCACCUCCGAGGCUUUCUUCGGCAUCUUCGCAGAGUUCAUGAGCAAAUUCGAGCGAGCGCUGAGUGACCUGCAGGCCGGGGAGGGCCCACGAAGCUCCGGGAUGGUUUCACCCCUGGCCUGGUGACAGUGGCCACACCGCAUCCUCUGUAGCCUGAGCAGGGAGAUGGAGGCCGAGAGGGUGGCCCAGACACUGCUGAGGUUUGGGGCCGUUGUGCCCCAGGCUCUGAACACACCUUCAGCCUCUCCUGCAGCUACCUCAGCCUCUAAGCUGUGGCCGGGCCUUCCUCUGCCAGCCCUUGUUCCUACCCCUAGGCCCGGGGCCAGAUGCCCUAGGAGUGGGCUCUGAGUGUGCCUGCCCUGGGAGGACUGUGCCCAUCUGCUUCCUAGGUCCACUUCCCGCCUUGCUCCUGGGCUCUCGGGGAAGGGGCCUGGAGUGUGGAUUACAAAGUGGCCACGUUCCUAGGACAUGCAGACCGUCUUUCUGAUCCUGCUCCUAGCAAGUUCCUGUGAGGAGGCCAACACCCUUGAGCACCACCCUGCAGGCGGGCACAAAAGGGGGGAGAGCCCAGCAUAGACAUGCACGCCCAGCCUGGGCCUUGGAAGCUGGCUGCAGAGGCACAGGAAAAGAGAGGCCGGGGAGAGACGCAGGGAAGGAGGGACUGGAGGAGGUAGACCCCAUAUGUCAGACUGCAGAAUGGAGGUUUCAUGCAGUGGACAUGAAACCUCCGUAGAAGGUCGACACCUUCUACAGAGGUGGCCCAACUGAAAGUGGGGAGCCUGGGAGGGGAAUAGGCAUGGUCAAGGUAGAGCAGACAGAAUGGGGAGGUGUUGAGGCGGGAGGUGAGCAGGAUCUGGGGGCCAACUGCCAGACUUCUCACCCAGACAGGUGAUGAUGUUCCCUGGAGCAAGUCAUGAGACCAGGGCAGGUUUGGGGGCAGAUGACACAAUCUGGGAUGUAUUUGGGAUCCAAGUGGUCACUUACAUGUGCCUAGGCAUACAGCAGGAGUUACCUGGAUGCCAGGAGCAGGAACAGGAGCAGGUGGCGUGGUGGGCAGGGAGGGAGGGUGUGGGACCUGUUUCACUUUUUUUAAUUCUCUGUUUGGCAGAUCCUUGCAUCAGACAGCUUCCCCCAUUGCACCUUUCUUUUUUUCCCCCCAGAAAAGUCAGAAAUGGGCUUUAAUCCUAUCUCUUGGAUUAUUUUUCUCCCACUGCAAUCAAAUGGCUUACUUUGCACCAGGGCAGUACUGGGGACCUGUUCAGUUCUUCCUAGUCCCCCAGGCCCCUUUUUGAAGCCAUCUUUUUUUGUUCCUUGCACACAACCACUAUGCAAAAACAUCAAGACCAAAAUAUAUACUGCAAGGGGGAUGUGGCUAGUGGGAUUCGUUUCUCCCUAGCAGCUCAAGCGGAAUCAUUUCCAAAAGUUUGCAGUGCCCGUGCCUCUGAGAAACAUGUCAGGAGGUCAGUUAAAACCUCUGCAAGCCAGGCAAGGUGGCUCAUACCUGUAAUUCCAGCACUUUGGGAGGCCGAGGCGGGUGGAUCACCUGAGGUCAGGAGUUCAAGACCAGCCUGACCAACAUAGUGAAACUCCAUCUCUACUAAAAAUACAAAAAAUUAGCUGGGCACGGUGGCACACACCUGUAAUCCCAGCUACUUGGGAGAAUGAGGCAGAAGAAUUGCUUGACCCCCGGGGGUAGGGCGGAGGUUGCAAUGGGCCAAGAUCCCACUACUGCUCUCCAGCCUGAGUGACAGGCUGAGACUCCAUCUAAAAAAGAAAAACAAAAACAAAAACCCUGCAUGAGAUCUGUAGAGAUUAUAGAUUCCAACAGGCUUGAUCUUCAGGCCUGGUUAGCCCAUAUGGCAUUUUCCUGCAAGUUAGAAACACGUGUCCCUUCCAGGAGACCUAAUCUCUUGAUUGCACAGGUGGCAGGCCAAGCACCAGCUAGGUUUUCUCCUUCACAUGCCUUGUAUUGGAUAUCUGUUUGCUACAACGCUGUAUAACAAACUGUCCCAAAACUCACUGGCUUCAAACAGCAAUCACUUAGUGCUCAGAGACUCCUGGCUCUGAUUUGAGCUAGGCUCUGCAUCCUCAGCCAGCUGUGAGUCAGCUAGGCAGCUUCGGUAAUCACACCAAGCAAUCUCGUGUCUGGUACCUUUGGCUGGAAAAGCUGUGAAAGCCCUGAGGGGUCUCUCAUUUUGUACCCAAAUAGCCAGGAUUCUUUUCAUGAGUGUGUGGGAGGGGUCAAAGAGGGUGAACAAGCCAAGGCACAGAAGAUGGCUUGAGGCUGAGGCUCAGAGCUGGUAUACCGUGCCUUCUGCCACAGCCUGUUGUCCUUCCAAAUGACAAGGCCAGCCCCGAUUCUAAGGGAAGGGAAACAGGCUCUACUGGAUGAUGUCACAAAGCCACUCGACACAGGGUGCAAUUCAGGGAUAGAUGGAGAAUCAGGGCCAUUUUUGCAAUUAAUCUAUUACAUGCUUUCUUGGCCAGGGUGCAGGUUCAGCCUCCUUAAAAUUCCCAAUGGCCCUGGUGCUGCCUGGACCCAGCACAGCUCUGGUUCCCCAUCCCCAUGUACCCACCAGGUGGCAUGCUUCUGUCUGUUUUACCUGGUCACCCAGGAAUUACAUAACUUCUGUCCAGAUACUUAGUGCAGGCUGGGUGCAGUGGCUCAUGCCUGUAAUCCCAGCACUUUGGAAGGCCGAGGUAGGCGGAUCACUUGAGGUCAGGAGUUUGAGACCAGCCUGGCCAACAUGGUGAAACUCUGUCCCUACUAAAAAUACAGAAAUUAGCCAGGUGUGGUGGUGCGCACCUGUAAUCCCAGCUACUCGGGAGGCUGAGGCACAAGAAUCACUUGAACCUGGGAGGGAGGUGGAGAUUGCAGUGUGCCGAGACUAUGCCACUGAACUCCAGCCUGGAUGACAGAGGGAGACUCUGUCUCAAGAUAAUAAUAAUAACAAUACAUAAAUAAAAUAGAUACUUAGUCCAGUGGGCAGUGUGGUCUGUGCCUGCCUGGCAGCCAGUCUUGCCCUUCUGCUGGGAAAGCUUCCUGUUUCUCCUCUGAGAAAUUAUUCCUCCCCUACUCCUAGGCCCUGGAGCUGGGGUGAUUGGAUUAGGAUGAUCCUGUGACCCUGGCUGCGUGGCUCAGUUAGUCCAAGCCUCCAGCUGGCACUGUUUGAAAAAGAGAUUCCCCAGGGUGCAGCGGCUCACGCCUGUAAUCCCAGCACUUUGGGAGGCCAAGGCAGGCGAUCAUCUGAGGUUGAGUUCAAGACCAGCCCGACCAACAGAGAGAAACUCUGCUUCUACUAAAAAUACAAAAUUAGCCAGGCGUGGGGGUGGGGGUCUGUAAUCCCAGCUACAUGGGAGGCUGAGGCAGGAGAAUCACUUGAACCAGGAGGCAGAGGUUGUGGUGAGGUGAGAUCGCACCAUUGCACUCCAUGUGGGCAACAGGAGUGAAACUCUGUCUCAAAAAAAAAAAAAAGAAAGAGAGUCCCUUUGCUCUGGAAUUUCUGGGUGUAUAGAAGCUAGGAUUCAGGAGGGGCUGCCAAGACCACUACAUUAAGGGCACCUGCCUGGAUAUAAAGCUAGUACAGGAAAGAAAAAGACGAGAGAUUGCCAUAUACAUCCCACCGUCCCUGGAUCCAGCCAUACCUGAAGCACACACCGGACUUGUCAGUCUUCAAACCAACAGAUUCCUCUUCCGUUAAAAAUUUUUUUUAAUGUAUUUAAAUUUCCUGGCUUAGGCUGGUUUGAAUGGUUGCUAUUACUUACAACCCUGAAAGGGUUAACUAACAGACCCAUUAACAGAGGCUGAUAAAUAUUCAGUCUUUUUAACUCGCUCAGUGUGCACUCUUCCUUCAUACACACAUUGGCCAAUGCUUUUUAAUUGCCUGCUUUAUGCCAGGAGCAUGGCUGGGUACAAACAUAUUAGAAAGCGGCCUCUCUGAAUUUGGUUACCUGGGGUUAUGUUUUAUGGUGGUUUUACCCCAGAGUCAGUGCAAAGCCCUGUAGGUGAGUCAAUGUCUGUACCAUGUCCACCCGGCUCCCUAGAAUGUCAUCCUCACCAGAUGACAAGGUGUGAAUGCAGGCACUUAUGCCUCAGGCAUUCAUUUAUCUCCAACAAUACUAACAAAAUAAUGUAGCCUAAUUAUACACCACCUUUCCAGUUAAUGUUUAUUAGUUAGUGUGCUCAGUGUUUUUAUGGAUUUCAUUUCAUUUUACUUUCACAAAACCCUCCAAGGUGGGUUUUGUUAUCUCCUUUUUGCAAAUAAAACUCUAAAACUCAAGAAGGUUAUAUGA